AUGGACUUGUUUGUGAUUCAGGAGUUGUAUGAUACAGAGAAGGUUUAUGUUGACGAUCUGGGCAGCAUAGUGGAGGGCUACAUGGGGUACAUGAAAGAAAACCCUCUGCCAGGUGACUUGGAAGGAAAAGAUAAAAUUGUUUUUGGAAACAUUCAUCAGAUUUAUGACUGGCACAAAGAAACAAUGGUAAUGGAGCUAGAGAAAUGUCUGACUGAGACAGAAAAAGUGGGCUCCAUUUUUAUCCGAUAUGAACGACGACUUUACAUGUAUGUCAAGUACUGUGAAAACAAGCCAAAAUCAGAGUACAUUGUGUCUGAAUACUUGGAUACCUAUUUUGAAGAAAUCCGUCAGAAACUUGGUCACCGGCUAACUUUGCCAGAUCUUUUGAUAAAGCCAGUGCAGCGUAUAAUGCGUUACCAGCUUUUGAUCAGGGAUAUCCUGAAAUACACUGAAAAGGCAGGGUUGGAUACCACAGAUUUGAAAAAGGCACUACGGGUCAUGUGCAUUGUGCCAAAGGCAGCCAAUGAUAUGAUGCAAGUAGGUCGCUUGCAAGGAUUUGAUGGCAAGAUCACUGCUCAAGGAAAGCUGCUGUUACAGGACACAUUGUUAGUGUCGGAGGUUGUAGCAGGUAUGGCACAAAAAGCUCGGGAGCGAAGAGUUUUCCUCUUUGAACAGAUUAUCAUCUUUAGUGAGAUGCUGGAGAGGAAGAAGGGAGAUUUUUCCAAUGCCAGCUAUAUAUACAAAAAUAGUCUCAAGGUGAAUAAGAUGUCAAUGGCAAAUCAAGAGGAAGGAGAACCAUUGAAGUUUGUGUUGAUUGACCGUACGCCAGGAUCAGACAUGAAGUACAUUAUUCAGGCUCCAUCAGAGGAAGUCAAAGAUACAUGGAUUCGUGAGAUUCGCUCAAUCCUCGAUAUGCAGGGGGACUUCCUCAGAGCUUUGCAGUCACCUAUUGCCUACCAGAGAGAAAUCUCAAAAGAAUUGUAA